AAGUUUCGAAACUUCCUGGGCUCAGGCCCCCCCUGGCCGGCCGCGUCCUCGCCAACACCGUACCCUUAUGGCCGGGCGGCGCUGCUGAGAGCUGGCGCCUCACCUCUCGGGCGCGGAUGCCGCCCCCCCCGCUGGCAGCGGUGCUCGCGCUUGCGCUGCCACACGCCGCCGUGUCCCUGGCCCCCGUGCAGUCCAGGACGGUGGUCACGUCUCCCUCCUUCGAGCAGUUUGUGGAGCUGCACGAGCGCGACUACGCGCCCGGGAGCGAGGAGUACUCUUGGCGCGCGGGCCUCUACGCGCGCACCGCCGAGGCGGUCGACGGCCACAACGCGGACCCCUCCCGGAGCUGGACGGCCAGCGUGGGCAAGUUCGCGGAUUACACGGCGGAGGAACGCCUGGGGCUUCACGGCCUGGUCCACGGCGAGCCUGGUGGGGCCGCCGCGGAGGCCGUGGACGGCAGCCCAGUGGUGAACCUGGCGGCGCGGAGGGAGGAGUUCCCGAAGUUCUUCUCGUGGGGCCACCUGCGCUCGCUGCGCCAGGUGAAGAACCAGGGUUCGUGUGGCUCGUGCUGGGCGGCGUCCGCGCUCAAGGCCCUGGAGGCCCACUACGAGAUAGCCACGAACAAGACCAAGACUUUCUCCGUGCAGCACCUCGUGUCGUGCGCGGAGAACACGAGGCACUGCGGCGGCACUGGGGGCUGCCACGGCGCGACUUCGGACAUCGCGUUCCAGUACAUCUUGGAGCACGGCAUCCUCACAGAGGACCAGUACCCCUACAUGCACAGGGACGAUAAGUGCCCGAGCGCCCUGGCGGCCAGAUCCACGCGGGCGGCCGACCUGGGCAUGCUCACGUGGGAGCGCCUCCCGGAGAACGAGUACGACCCCGUGGUCCGCACUCUCGUGGAGGUGGGGCCGCUGGUCGUGUCGGUGGCCGCCUCGAGCGGCUUCGCGGAUUACGGGAUUUCGGUUUACCAGCAGGGCGUCUACGACAAUUGCAGGCAGGACGCGGUGCUGAACCACGCCAUGGUGUUGUUCGGCUACGGCCAGUCGCUGAAGGGCGGCCGCAGCCAGGGCUACUGGCAGCUGCAGAACUCCUGGGGCAGGGACUGGGGCGAGGGCGGCACCAUGCGCAUGUUGCGGCGGAUUCAGAGCACGCCCAAGGAGGAGGAGUUCUACUGCGGCGUCGACAGGGAGCCCCUGAAAGGCUCUGGCUGCCCAGGCGGCCCCGACACGAUCAAGGUGUGCGGCUCCUGUGGGAUCCUUUUCAAGGGCACCUUCCCGCGCAUGUCCGCGGCGAAGACGGAGUCCCCGCCCGUCCGGCAGCGCCACUGGUUCCGCUGAGCCUCCCGCGAGCGCCCCGCGCGCGGCCUCUGGAGGUCGUCGCGUCCGUCGCCGUCGCCGUUGUCGCUGCCGCCGCCUGCGUCGCCAUCGUCGUCGUCAUCGCCGUCAUCGUCGUCGUUGCCGCGGCCCCCCCUGGCCGUUGGAAGGUGGA